AUAUAUAUAUACACGUACAUACAUAUUACACACGUAACAAGCCGUAUACGAUUUUUGGAGCGAGCAAGCCCUGUGUGUGUGUGUGUGUGUGUGUGUGUGGUUUUUUUUUUGUUUUCUUUUACGUUGGAGAAAAAAGUCAAGGGAUUUCGUCACGAAGUCACGGUGAUUCAAGAAGUAACGGAUAAAGUUAAACGAGAAGAGGUAGAAGACGACGAGGAUUGAAGUUUCUUAAUUAUUAUCGAGGAGCAAAAAAAAAGAAGGAAAGCGAGAAGAUCGUUUGGAGCUUGUCGUAGCCGGUGUCGCGACGGGGAGUACGCGACGCCGCCGGCGCGAUAAGCCGAAAAGAGUGCGGUAAUCGAGUGUGCGCGAAGUGCCGUGCCUCUUUCCUCGUCACUGUGGGAAAAUACAGCCGCUACGGUGGCUCAGCACGCAGAGUUCCCCGGCGCGGCCAGGGCGUUCAUGGCGCAGCCAAGGUACGAUGAUGGCGGGCUGCACGGGGCCUACCUCGAGGGAGGUGGUGGCGGAGGAGGAGCAGGGCUGUACGAUCCACACGGUAGCGCCCGCGGUGUUCCGGGUCUUCACCACAGCCCUCAUCUCGGGGGUAUGGGACCGGCCCACCCUCAAUAUCCCCCGCCGCCGCCUCAGCCACCCCAACACGUGCUCGCCGCGGCAGCAGCCGCUGCAGCCUCGGCAGUGCCCGAUGUACACAAACGCGACAAGGACGCCAUUUACGGACAUCCCCUCUUCCCGCUUCUCGCAUUGAUCUUCGAGAAAUGCGAAUUGGCGACGUGUACACCGCGCGAGCCUGGUGUUGCCGGAGGAGACGUUUGUUCGUCCGAAAGUUUCAACGAGGACAUCGCAGUUUUUUCCAAACAGAUUAGACAAGAAAAGCCCUACUAUAUAGCGGAUCCGGAGGUUGACUCGCUGAUGGUUCAAGCGAUUCAGGUCCUUCGAUUUCACCUCCUCGAACUUGAAAAGGUGCACGAGCUCUGCGACAACUUCUGCCACCGGUACAUCAGCUGUCUGAAGGGCAAGAUGCCGAUCGACUUGGUGAUCGACGACCGAGAGAGCUCGAAGCCGCCGGAAAUGGGUAACGGGCUAGACGGAGGCGGUCCCAGGAGCACAGCCGACAGCACCAGCCACACGGACGGAGCUAGCACGCCCGACGUCAGGCCGCCCUCCUCAUCGCUUUCCUAUCCUGGUGCGGGCGGUAACGAUGAUGCACGUAGUCCUGGAAGCGGUGGUACACCCGGACCACUCAGUCAACAAGCACCUACCAGUUUGGAUUCCUCGGACCCCGACGCCAUGGGAAAAUGGUGUCCGCGUAGAGAAUGGAGUUCGCCGCCAGACGCGCAAAGAGCGGCGAGCGAUGCUGCGCGUCGUGGCGUCCUUUAUUCCUCCGUCUUCCUCGGCAGUCCUGGUGACGCGAGCAACGCGAGUAUCGGUAGUGGCGAGGGCACGGGCGAGGAAGACGACGAUUCCUCGGGUAAGAAGAAUCAGAAGAAGAGAGGAAUCUUUCCGAAAGUCGCGACUAACAUUCUCAGGGCGUGGCUGUUUCAACACCUCACGCAUCCGUACCCCUCGGAGGAUCAGAAGAAACAACUGGCACAGGACACGGGGUUGACGAUUCUUCAAGUUAAUAAUUGGUUCAUUAAUGCGAGGCGUAGAAUCGUACAACCGAUGAUAGACCAGAGUAAUCGAGCCGUGUUUCCACCAUUGUCCGCAGGUCCUAGCGGGGCGUACAGUCCGGACGCGACGAUGGGCUAUAUGAUGGACGGACAGGCGGCGAGCAUGAUGCACCGGCCGCCGGGCGAUCCUACCUUCCACAACCAGUACCAUUACCCGCCCGAGUACUAUGGACAUCACUUAUAAAGCAGUCGCGUACCCAUAUAAAAAUACGGUGGAACGACGGUUCUUGCGGAUUGGAAAACGUAGAAACGCGUUGGGACCACCGUGCUCCAGCCGGCGAACUAGAGAAUCACGGAAAGGCGAUGCGAAAGGCCGAAGAACGAGGAUAAUCUGCCGGGGAAAGGGGGAGGGUAGGAGGUGCAUCAAUAAUCCCCAAAGGGUAGACAGCAACUCGGAUCGUCAACGAAAAGAGAAAGAAAGAAAGAAAGAGAGAAAGAGAGAUAGAUAGAUAGAUAUGCAGAGAGAGAGAGAGAGAGAGAGAGAGAGAGAGAGAGAGAGAGAGAGAGAGAGAGAGAGAGAGAGAGAGAAAGAGAGAAUGAGGAAGAGGAAGAGGAAGAGGAUCUCUAACGGAGCGAUGAGUCUACAUGACGGAGGAAAGAAGAAAGCCGUCAUCGAAUGGUGUCGAUGGACGAGGAUUCUCGCAGGACGAAAAGGAAGCACCGAAUGUGGCGCUAAAUAAGAGAAGAGAAAAAGGAAGUAUAAGAGGGAGAAAUGAAUAAAAAAAAAAACUAAGCAAAAAAGAAGAAGAAGAAGAAGAAGAAGAAGAAGAAGGAGGAGGAAAAAAACGAAGAAAAAUGAGAGAACGGAGGACACGCGGUCGACGCCUGGCGAAAGGAGAUGAUGGCCGCGAGGGGAAUUCAUGUGAUUGUUCUUUGUACAAAUGUCGCGGUGUAAUAUUGUAGUGAAUGAAGAAUUUAAAUGUUAAAUUUUAAUACCGAUCGCAAUCGAGAUAUAAUUAAAUAUGAGAACGAGUAACGCGGUGAUAUAUAGGCAAUUUAGCGGGCAUGUACAUUAAACGAGGGGAGAGACGAGAGAGUGAGAGAGAUAGAGAUAGAGAGAGAGAGAGAUAGAGAUAGAGAUAGAGAUAGAGAUAGAGAAAGAGAGAGAGAGAGAGAGAGAGAGAGAGAGAGAGAGAGAGGAAAUGAGGAAAUGAGGAAGAGAGACAUGAGAUUAAGAGAAUCAAGAAGGAAGAACUUGGAGCUCGCGCAGGAAGGUU